AUGAGUAAUAACAAAAAAACCGAAUGGACUAUAAUUGAGACUUUUGAAGAGGAUGACUUUAUUUGCAUUGAUUUUUAUGAAAGAGCAAAAAAAGGGAACAAUACUAGUGAUUAUAAAUUUGGGAAUCCCAAAGUUAAAUAUGAACCGAAUUUUGAUAAAAAAAGGAAUAGCCUCUUAAGUUUAAAGAAUGAAGAAUAUUAUUUAGAUAAUAUUGAAAGGGAUCUUGAUUAUAAUAAGAGGAACGAAAAAAAAUUUAAGGAAUCUCAAAAUAAAUAUGUUGAAAAUCAAAUUAAAAUAAAGGAAGUUGACAAAAAUAUAAAUAAUUUACUUCAAGAUAUUUAUAAACUUAAUCAAUUAAAAGAUAUUGGAAAAGAUCUUUUGGGUAAUAAAAUAAGUUUUGGAUUAUUUGAUGUGGAUUUUAAAACUUUACAAAAUCUUCCUGCUGAUUUUGUGGCUUUUCCUGCGUUCCUUGUUGAAUAUAAUCAUAGAAGUGAUUCAAUUUCAAAUACUAAAGGUGAUUUGAAAUAUUUGGAUUCUUUACCACAAGGAAUUAAAGAUGAUAUUAUUAAGUCAGCAAAUAAGUACAACAUAAAAUACACGAUUGAUCUAUUUAACGAAUAUGAAAAGAUUCAUCGUGCUAAUUAAUUUUUUGAUGGCGAAUAAAACAUAUGUAUAUAUUUUCUUUUUUUUAUAAAAAAUUUAUUUCUCGCAAUGAAUUAUAAUAAUCUAACAAAGUUAAUGGUUUACUGCGUAAUCUCUUUGUGGAUAAGAUCCAUGUGACCAUGCAUAUAAUCUAUUAUAGUUUUUGAUUAAAAUCUCGUUGGGACGAACCAAUCUGUUCCACGUUAUAGUUAAUUUAAGUAGAAGUAGUCGUCUUUGUCUUAUUAUCAACAAAAUUUGCGAAAUCUGUAUGUCAAAAAAAA